AUGCCUCGUCCUAAUUUCCUCGUCGUCGUCGCUGACGACUUGGGCUUCUCUGACAUCGGCUGCUUUGGCAGUGAAAUCCGCACGCCCAACAUUGACCGUCUUUCUAAUGAUGGUGUCCGGUUUACCGAUUUUCAUGCUGCUGCUGCAUGCUCGCCAACUCGUGCCAUGAUCAUGACCGGCACAGACCAUCACAUCGCCGGCCUGGGUAACCUAAUCGAAUGGACCAACAUCUCCGGUCAAAACGGCCCCAAAGGCUCACAGAUGAGCACUGCCCCCCAGCGUGGUAUGCCAGGGUACGAGGGCUAUCUGAAUGAGCGCGUCGUCGCUCUACCUGAACUUCUCCGUGACGCAGGCUAUCACACCCUCAUGGCCGGGAAGUGGCACCUGGGUCUUACGCCGGAGCGUUCGCCGCAUAAGAGAGGGUUUGACCGGUCACUGGCGCAUCUACCUGCUUGUUCGAACCAUUAUGCGUAUGAGCCGCAGUUGCAGGGGAGUGAUGAGACGCCUACAUUCCUGGAAGCGAGCUAUAUCGCCCUGCAUACGGAAGAUGAUCAAUAUGUGAAGAAAUUGCCCGAGGGGUGGUAUUCGACAGAUGGGUAUGGGGACAAGAUGGUGAACUACCUGAAGGAUUGGAAUGAGAGCAAGAAAGACAAAAAGGACAAGGACCGUCCGUUUUUUGCUUACCUCCCCUUUACAGCACCACAUUGGCCCCUCCAAGCUCCUCGGGAGUAUAUCGACCACUACCGUGGUGUUUAUGAUGAAGGCCCGGAUGUCCUCCGUCAGCAUCGUCUGCAACGUCUUAAGGAGCUAGGCAUGAUCCGCGAGGAUGUCGAGGCACACCCAGUCGUCGCGGAAGAGGUCAAGGAAUGGAGCGACUACACACCCGAGGAGCAGAAGCUCUCCUGCACGGCCAUGGAAAUCUACGCGGGCAUGGUCGAGUGCAUUGAUGCCAAUGUUGGCAAGGUCGUCGACUACCUCUCCUCCAUCGAUGAGCUGGACAACACCUUCGUCUGCUUCAUGUCCGAUAAUGGCGCUGAAGGUGCUGCCUACGAAGCCUACCCUCUCGUCCAGAGUGGUGUCUUACCGCAUCUGCAAAGGUACUACGACAAUUCACUCGAGAACCUCGGCAACUACAACUCGUUCAUCUGGUACGGUCCGCGCUGGGCGCAGGCAGCCACCGCACCAUCUCGGUUAUACAAAGCCUACACUACCGAAGGUGGUGUGCGAGUGCCGUUUGUAGCCCGGUUCCCACGCAACGUCGACUCAUCCCAUGCCCGUAACCACAACAUCACCGACCAGUUUGCUACGGUUAUGGAUCUUGCACCAUCCAUCCUCGAUAUGGCGGGUAUCCCCCAUCCUGCCCCAACCUACCAAGGCCGUGAAAUUGUCCCCAUGCGUGGCAAGAGCUUCUACCCCUGGGCCCGUGGCGACACACCCCGCAUCCACGAGAAAGAUUUCAUUCAAGGCUGGGAAACAUGCGGUCGAGCAGCAUUGCGCUUCGGCGACUGGAAGAUCGUCUACAUACCUGCACCUAAGGGCCCAGAACGAUGGCAGCUGUACAACUUGGUAGAAGACCCAGGUGAGAUCCAUGACUUGGCCUCGAAGAAUCCCGAGCGGUUGCAGCAGCUGCUCAAGUUGUGGGAUCAGUAUGUCCUCGAGACGGGUGUUAUUCCUUUGAAUCCGGAUUUGGGAACAUUUCUCGAGGCGACUGAGGCGCAGAUGCCUGAGAAUGCUUGGAUGGAGUAUGAUUACUGGAAGAAGGGUGCAAGGGAUGAGCCGGAGAAGUUUAUGCGUACGCCGGCUAGGUUUCAGCGGUCUGUGAAGCAGUUUUAG